AUGAUGAGGAAGGGUGAAACGACGUCGUUGGAGUGGGAGCUGAAGAAGCGGAACCAGGAGCUCGAGGAGGAGCUGAAGCAGAGCAAGGAGAGGGAGGACCAUGUGAGGCGCCAGCUCCGCGCUGCAUUGGAUCGCCUCUCCAUAGCGGAGGACGCGGAGGAACGCCUCUCCGUGCAGCUAGGUGACCUCGAAGCCGAGGGCCUGCUGCAGGCGCGAGACUACCACGCUCGCAUCGUCUCACUCCUAGAUCAGCUCUCACAAGCACACUCUCUUCUCAACACCACCAUUUCCCUUCCUUCCCUCUCCUAA